AUUGACCCUCGUCAAUUUUCUAAUUCAAAAUAACACUCUCUGAUUGGUCAAUCGUUGCUGGUCACCCUAAGCACAGGUCGAUAUAUUGACUGUGGUCAAUCGAAACGUGGUCAAACGAAACGUGCUUGCCAUGUUUCUGCGUCGUGAUCUAAAAUGCAUUUGAAAAGAUAGGGACUGUGAAGAACACGUGGUGGAGAGGAGUAGUUUUUAAUCCAUUUUCAAUUAUUUUUAUUAUCGUAGUGCAUGAGUGCGUUUCGACUUGAUCUUUUGGCAAAGAAAGUAAUAAAUGCAUGUCGAAUGUGUUAUGUUUGAGAGAAUAAGAAGAAGAUAAAGCAUUUUCAACUUCUGCCAACACAAAGACACAAAGACACUUUCUAUCAUGUCGAUUUCAUCGAAAAAAUUCUGUUCCUCGGAAGAGAAGAGAAAUUCAGAAAUAACUAACGAAAAAGAAGAGAUGCAGAAAUAUGAGAAGAAAAUUUUGCAAUGCCUUCUAGCGGGAAAGAUAAUUCCAAUGGAUCUUAAACAUUGGCCGUUCUUUCAUCUGCUAAAGCCGGAAUUUAUUCCAGAAAUUCACAUGGUUAUGCUAUAUGGUUGUUCUACAGAAGCUAUAUAUAUAAUUGUGACGAAGGACAAGAAUGUUUACAAUUUAAAUCAUAAUAAAGAUGAGCAUUCAAAGAUUGGUGACAUACAUAAUGCUUUCCACUUAGAAAAGAUAGAAGAAUUGUGUGGGAAAAACAUAAAGACUUUUGCUUGCAGCUGGAGUUUCGUCCUGGCACUUACAGCAGAGGGAGAGGUUUACUACUGGAAAUUUGAUGAAUGGAAUUUUAUUGAGAGACGGCCUAUCAAGUACAAACCUAUUCGAGUCUCCGGCUUUAGCAAGAAACGUAUCGUGGACAUUGCAUGCGGCGAAUUACAUUUUCUCGUUUUGACCAGCGAUGGAGAGGUAUAUGCUUGGGAAGACAAUAUUUAUGCGCACGAUAUUAGAAACAUUGCUAAUUUUGAUGGUAGUGUGAGACAAGUAAAACAUGGAUUGGAGAAGAAUAAUGUUGUUCAUAUCGCGUGUGGUACAAAAUUUAAUAUGGUUAUAACUGACAAAAACAAACUAUAUAGUUGGGGCAGCAACAAGAAGAGGCAAAUUUCAACACACUCAAACACACACUUGCAAGAAGAAUACGUAUAUCCACGCAAAAUUAUCACAUUCUCGGAUAAAAUAGUUAAAUUAGUCUGCGGAGACCAGCAUACGUUGGCACUUACAAAUAAAGGAAAUAUCUAUGCCUGGGGCAAUAACGAUUGUGGACAAGUGGGCGUAAAUAACAGGAUAAAGUCCUCCGAUCCGAUACUGGUGAACGUACCUCAGAUGGGAAAGAUUUUGAAUGUUGAGGCCUAUAGUAAUAUUAGCAUUGCGGUCGGCUAUGAUAGAUCUAUCUAUAUAUGGGGUCAAUACAACUUCCAUCAAAAUAUUAUCCAACCUUUUCGCACGAAGUUUUCGAGGGUUUUUGACGUGUUGGGUUUUACGUACAAUUACUGGAAACGAGUGCACAAGCCAUUAAUUGUGCAUAAUUCCGUACACACUAUGCGAAUUACGAAUAAUUAUAAUUAUAAGUAUACUGAAGAAGUAUUAAAUAUAUUAGAAUCCCUAGAAGCAGCAUUUGAUGAUCCGUUGACCAGUGAUUUUAUCAUACAAGUCGAAGGACAACCUAUUUACGUUCACAAGGUUAUUAUUAAUAUUCGUUCCCAGCACUUUUUUUUCAGAAACAUGUUUCACCAUGAUUGGGCUGAAGAUGUUCAAAGUACAUCGGAUUCAUUACCAGUAUACACCAUAUCGGAUAAAUUUUCUUACGUCGUUUAUAAAGCCUUCUUGAAAUAUUUGUAUACUGGCACAAUCGAUUUACCUUUGGACAACGCAUUAGAGCUUAUGGAAUUCGCCGAGAUGUAUUGUGAAACCAAUCUUAAAAAAGAUUGCAGUCAGAUAAUAAAGCAAACCGUCACUGUGUCAAAUGUAGAAUUCUUGUAUAAUAAAGCGAUCGCGUAUAAUGCUAAAGAACUCGAGGAGUUCUGCUCCCAGUUUGCUUUGCAUCACAAGACAGAUAAGAGAUUAUCGGAAGAUGAUAAUAAAUUAGAUAUGAGUACUCAGGCUAAGUUUAUACACAGAGCGAUACAAAAUGACGUUACUAUCACAUCGUCGACAUUCUCUUCCCCGAAUCAAAAUGUAGAGGAGAGAAAUUUAGAAAUAACAACUAAAAAAACAGAGAUGCUGAAAGAUGAGAAAAGAUUCUUGCAGUGCGUUCUAGCGGAAAAGAUAAUUCCAAUAGAUCUUAAACGUUGGCUGUUUUUUCAUGUGCUAAAGCCGGAAUUUAUCCCACAAAUUUACAUGGUUAUGGUGUAUCAUAAUGGUAAAGGGGUUAUAAUUGUGACGAAGUACAAGAAUGUCUACAGCUUAGAUUAUAAAGAGUAUUUGAAGAGUGGUGACACACUCACUGCUCAAUUUUUAAAAGAGAUAAAAGAAUUGCAUGGAAAAAACAUAAAGACCUUUGCACAUAGUUAUAAGUUUAUCCUGGCACUUACAGAAGAGGGAGAGGUUUAUCUCUGCCAUAUCAUGGAAAAAGCCAUUUUCAAUUGUUACAUUCCUGAUGUAUCAACAUUUAUUCGAGUCGCUGGCUUAAGCGACAAGUAUAUCGUGGACAUUGGAUGUGGAAAUUAUCAACUUCUUGUUUUGACCAGCGAUGGAGAAGUGUAUGCUUGGGGAACAAAAAAUUGGGAAAAAAUUGAAAGAUAUCAUUCGGAAGAAAGUGAUUCGGAAGAAAGUGAUUCGGAAGAAAGUGAUAAUCAAGAAAACAUAGUUUAUUUUAAUAGUGUGCCGUGGCAGGUGAAACAUGAAUUGGAGAAAAAGAAAGUUGUUCACAUCGCGUGUGGUUUAAAUUUCAACAUAGUUGUUACUGACGAAAACAAAAUAUACGGUUGGGGUAAUAACAAGAUCGGCCAGAUUUCAAUCAUCCAGGCACAAAAACAUUACGAAUAUCCACGCAAAAUUAUCACCCUCUCGAAUAAAAUAGUUAAACUUACCUGUGGAUCUCAGCAUACAUUGGCGCUUACAAAUAAAGGAGAAGUCUAUGCUUGGGGCGAUAACAGUGACGGACAAGUGGGCGUAAAUAACAAUUGCAAACCCUCCGGUCCGACCAUGGUGAACGUCCCCGAGAUGGGAAAGGUUUUGGAUAUCGCUGCUUAUAAUGAAACGAGUGUUGCCGUCAGCUAUGAUAAGAUUAUCUUUGUGUGGGGUGACUUUUAUUACGAAAAAAUUACUAUCCCGUUUCCUACGAAGUUUUCGAGCAUUCAUGACGCGUUUUCGUAUAGUAUGUGGAGAUGUAUGCACAAGCCAUUGAUUGUAUUUAAGAAUAGUUCCAAAUAUGUUGAAGAAGUAUUAGAUAUAUUGGAAUUCCUAGAAGAAAUAUUUGAUGAUCCGUUGACGAAAGAUCUUACCAUACGAGUCGAAGGACGACCUAUUUAUGUUCAUAAGGCUAUCCUUAAGAUUCGUUGUCAGUAUUUUAAAAACAUGUUUCAACAUGAUUGGACUGAAAAUAUUCAAAGCAUAUCAAAUUCAGUGUACAACGUAUCGGAUAAAUUUUCUUACGUCGUUUAUAAAGCCUUCUUGAAAUAUUUAUAUACCGGCAUAAUCGAUUUACCUUCGGAAAACGCAUUAGAACUUAUGGAAUUGGCCGACAUGUACUGUGAAACCAAUCUUAUAAAAGAUUGCAGUCAGAUAAUAAAGAAAAUCAUCACUGUGUCAAAUGUAGCCUUCUUCUACAAUAAGGCAAUCGAAUGCAAUGCUAAGGAACUCGAGGAAUUCUGCUUCCAGUUUGCUUUGCGUCACGUGGAAGCUGUAGUACUAUCGGAAGAAUUUAUUAAGUUAGAUACGAGUACAAAGGAUAAUUUUAUGCGCAGAGUAGCUAAAGGAAAUAUUUUCGAUAAAGAGAAAGUAUUUUCAACUUCUGCCAAUACAAAGUCACUUUCUAUCAUGUCGAUUUCAUCGAAAAAAUUCUGUUCCUCGGAAGAUAUAGAGAAGAGAAAUUCAGAAACAACUAACGAAAAAGAAGAUAUGCAGAAAUAUGAAAAGAGAAUUUUGCAAUGCCUUCUAGCGGAAAACAUAAUUCCAAUGGAUCUUAAACAUUGGCCGUUCUUUCAUUUCCUAAAGCCGGAAUUUAUCCGACAAAUCCAUAUGAUUAUGGUAGAUGACAAUAGACCUGUAAUUGUGACGAAGGACAAGAAUGUUUACAUUUCAAAUUAUAAUAAAGAUGAGUAUUCAAAGAUUGGUGACAUACAUAUUGCUUUCCACUUAAAAAAGAUAGAAGAAUUGUGUGGGAAAGACAUAAAGACUUUUGCUUGCAGCUGUAGUUUCGUCCUGGCACUUACAGCAGAGGGAGAGGUUUACUUCUGGGAAUUUGAUGAAUGCAGUUUUAUUGAGAGAUGGCCUGUCAAGUCCACACUUAUUCGAGUCUCCGGCUUUAGCAAGAAACGUAUCGUGGACAUUGCAUGCGGCGAUUUUCAUUUUCUCGUUUUGACCAGCGAUGGAGAGGUGUAUACUUGGGGAAACAAUAUUUCUAUGGAGGAUGGUAAUAGAAACACAGCUAUUUUUAAUGGUAAUGUGAGACAAGUAAAACAUGGAUUGGAGAAGAAGAAUGUUGUUCAUAUCGCGUGUGGUAAAGAAUUUAAUAUGGUUAUAACUGACAAAAACAAACUAUAUGGUUGGGGCGGGAACAAGCAGUGGCAGAUUUCACCACACUCAAACAUAGACUCGCAAGGAGAAUACGUAUACCCACGCGAAAUUAUCACAUUCCCGGAUAAAAUAGUUAAGAUGGUCUGCGGAUCCUGGCAUACCUUAGCGCUCUCAAAUAAAGGAGAGAUCUAUGCCUGGGGCGGUAACAAUUAUGGACAAGUGGGCAUAAAUAACAAGAUAAAGUCCUCCGAUCCAAUCGUGGUGAACGUGCCUCAGAUGGGAAAGGUUUUGAAUGUUGAUGCCUGUGGUGAAAUUAGCGUUGCUGUCGGCUAUGAUAGAUCUAUCUAUGUAUGGGGUGGUUACUUCCAUCAAAAUAUUAUCCAACCUUUUCGCACGAAGUUUUCGAGGGUUUUUGACGUGUUUGCGCACAGUAUGCAGAGAUGCAUGCACAAGCCAUUAAUUGUGCAUGAUUCCGUACACACUGUGCGAAUUACGAAUAAUUAUAAUUACAAGCAUACUGAGAAAGUAUUAAAUAUAUUAGAAUCCCUAGAAGCAGCAUUCGAUGAUCCGUUUACGAGCGAUUUUACCAUACAAGUCGAAGGACAACCUAUUUAUGUUCACAAGGAUAUUCUUAAUAUUCGUUGCCGAUGUUUUUUCGACAGUAUAUCGGAUUCAUCACCAGUAUACACCAUAUCGGAUAAAUUUUCUUACGUCGUUUAUAAAGCCUUCUUGAAAUACUUGUAUAGCGGCACAAUCGAUUUACCUUUGGACAACGCAUUUGAGCUUAUGGAAUUGGCCGACAUGUAUUGUGAAACUAAUCUUAAAAAAAAUUGUAGUCAGAUAAUAAAGCAAACCAUCACUGUGUCAAAUGUAGGAUUCUUCUACAAUAAAGCGAUCGAAUACGAUGCUAAGGAACUCGAAGAGUUCUGCUUCCAGUUUAUUUGGCAUCACACGACAGCUAACGCAUAUUCGGAAGAUUAUAUUAAAUUAGAUGGGAGUACUCAGGCUAAGUUUAUACACAGAGCGAUACAAAAUGACGUUACUAUCACAUCGUCGACAUUCCCUUCCCCGAAUCAAAAUGUAGAGAGAAAUUUAGAAAUAAUAACUAAAAAAAGAGAGAUGCAGAAAUAUGAGAAGAGAAUCUUGCAGUGCGUUCUAGCGGAAAAGAUAAUUCCAAUAGAUCUUAAUCGUUGGCUGUUCUUUCAUGUGUUAAAGCCGGAAUUUAUCCCACAAAUUCACAUGGUUAUGGUUUAUGAUAAUGGUAAUGGUAAUGGAGUUAUAAUUGUGACGUUGGACAAAAAUGUCUACAGCUUAGAUUAUAAAGAGGAGUAUUCAGAGACUGGUGACAUACACACUGCCGUCCCCUUAAAAAAGAUAGAAGAAUUGUGUGGAAAAAACAUAAAGACCUUUGCAUACAGUUAUAGUUUUAUCCUGGCGCUUACAGAAGAGGGAGAGGUUUAUUUCUGCGAAAUCGCGGAUAAGACCAUUUUCAUUCGUAACAUUCCUGAUGUAUCAACAUUUAUUCGAGUCACCGACUUAAGCGACAAGCGUAUCGUGGAUAUUGCAUGCGGCAAUCAUCAACUUCUCGUUUUAACCAGCGAUGGAAAGGUGUAUGCUUGGGGAAAAAAGAAUUGGGAAAAAUUUGAUUCGGUAGUACGUAAAUUGGUUGAUUGGAGAAAAACUUUUAGCCGGGUUGAUAACGAAAGCACAGCUUAUUUUAGUGUGCCCAGGCAGGUAAAACAUGAAUUGGAGGAGAAGAAAGUUGUCCAUAUCGCGUGUGGUUUAAAUUUUAACAUAAUUGUUACUGACGAAAACAAAAUAUAUGGUUGGGGUAAUAACGAGAUCGGCCAAAUUUCAAUCGUCCAAGCGCAAAAACAUUACGUACACCCACGCAAAAUUAUCACACUUUCGAAUAAAAUAGUUAAGGUGGUCUGCGGAGUCGGGCAUACGUUGGCUCUCACAAAUAAAGGAGAAGUCUAUGCUUGGGGCGAUAACUUUCAUGGACAAGUAGGUGUAAAAAACAACCGCACAUCCUCCGGUCCGACCGUGGUGAACGUUCCCGAGAUGGGAAAGGUUUUGGAUAUCGCUGCUUAUAAUAACAUGAGCGUUGCCGUCAGCUAUGAUAAGAUUAUCUUUGUAUGGGGUUUCUUUUAUUACAAAACAUUUAGUACCCCAUUUCCUACGAAGUUUCCGAACAUUCAUGACGCGUUUUCGUAUAGUCCGUGGAGAUGUAUGCACAAGCCAUUGAUUGUAUUUAUGAAUAAUUCCAAAUAUGUUGAGGAAGUAUUAAAUAUGUUGAAAUUCUUAGGAGAAAUAUUUGAUGAUCCGUUGACGAAAGAUCUUACCAUACGAGUCGAAGGACGACCUAUUUAUGUUCACAAGGCUAUCCUUAAGAUUCGUUGUCAAUAUUUUAAAAACAUGUUUCAACAUGAUUGGAUUGAAAAUAUUCAAAGCAUAUCAGAUUCGGUGUACACGGUAUCAGAGAAAUUUUCUUAUGUCGUUUAUAAAGCCUUCUUGAAAUAUUUAUAUACCGGCAAAAUCGAUUUACCUUCGGAAAACGCAUUAGAACUUAUGGAAUUGGCCGACAUGUACUGUGAAACCAAUCUUGUAAAAGAUUGCAGUCAGAUAAUAAAGAAAAUCAUCACUGUAUCAAAUGUAGCCUUCUUCUACAAUAAGGCGAUCGAAUGCAAUGCUAAGGAACUUGAAGAAUUCUGCUUCCAGUUUGCUUUGCGUCACAUGGAAGCUGUAGUACUAUCGGAAGAGUUUAUUAAGUUAGAUACGAGUACAAAGGAUAAUUUUAUGCGUAAAGCAGCUAAAGGAAAUACUUUCGGAAUAUGAUUCUUUUGACAUAAGUUUCGAGCUAAAUUGCAGAUCGUAUUCUUAUACAUGCAUUAAUGAUGCUAUGCAUAUCGUAUAAAGUAAACUUUCAGUUACCAUAGUUUAACAUAAA